UACAGCAAAACACAGCAAGCUAAUGCUAACUGUGGAUGAGAUGUCAAAAUAACGUUAGCAAGCUAGAGGCUGCUACACCGGGUUGACAGUAGCUAAAUGUACGCUGGCAGACAGCUACGGUGCCGUGGUUGAUACGUGUGCUGUAGCCCAUACAAGGCAGGCUUAUUUUAGUUAGGUGAUUAGCCAAAGGGUACGCGGUGUUGUUUGUUAGAAACAGAGGGCCUGUCAAGCUGGAUCCCCGGUGUUUCCUGAACACACCCACCUGACAUAACAGGAGACCUUCGGCCAGACACUCACAUCAAGCUAAAGCUACAGCUGAAGUUCUCCUGCUGAGGCCUGACCUACUGCUACACAAGACUGGGACCCCACGUUAGCAAAGCUGGACACCGUCUGGUGAGAAAUGGCGGAGGGGGGCUUUGACCCUUGUGAGUGCAUCUGCACCCAAGAGUAUGCGAUGAGACGCCUCAUCAACCUGCUGAGGCAAUCUCAGUCCUACUGCACAGACACAGAGUGCCCUCAGGAAUUGCCAGGUCCCAGCGGGUCGGUCGGCGGAGGAAGUGACCUGACCCUCCCCAUGGUUCUGAUGGGAUGGGUGGUGGUGGUUCUGGUCCUUUUCCUGUUGCGCCCAUCCAGUCUCAGGGGUUCCCGUCCCACAGGCAAACCCACUGGACCCCACAACAGCGACGGAAGAGAGCCCCCAGCACCUCCUAUUGACUAGCAGCGGAGCCAGAAGACCAGCACUCCUCCACCUGCUCUGACCGGAGCUGCACAGUUAGCUAGUAACUGUGACCAAGACAGCGUCAUCUCCCUGUCAACCUUCAUACAAAUAUCUUUUGGCUUUUUUCUUUUUCUAAUACCACAGCAUUGUUGGAUAGGUCUGUCUUUGAUUCCCGUUACUAGAGCCUAACUGAUACUGGAUUGAUGAGGCCAGAGCAGAUAUAUUUGAAAGUUUAAAAACAUUUGAUGAUAUAAUGAUCAGUGCUCAUUUUUUUUAAACAAACACAACGUAAACGAUGGAGGCAGUUAAUCUGCUUCUGCUUCAGCAUUGGUCAUUUUUGGCAUGUCAUAGGAAAUUUUAUAAUAACCACACAAAAAACACAUCACAUCCAAACUUGACUUUAAAGAAAUGUGGUUUUGCAUAUCUGCUAACAUAUAUGCUGAUACAGUUUACCUGUGAAAAGCGAGUUUUGACAGAUAAUAUUUGGCGACAAUAUAAGCAUCGUGCUGAAUCAGUUGGGUUCUACAUUGUACUUCACCAAAUUUUUAAUCAGGAGGUGUGGCGUCGUUCUGAGUCAGUCCCUGGUCUCAGUUCUGGUGCAGUCUGAUCUUCAGAAACUCAGACAUGAGCUCAAAAUGAAGGAAUGUGUCACAUGGGCUGGGGGAGUAGAGGGGGGUAGCAGAGAGUUUUUUUUUGGGCAGUUAAAUUGUUGCUCUGGUUUUUGCUGAGUAAUGAAGGGUGGCAGGUUCUUCAGACUAUCUGAAACAUUCCUCUCUUUCCACUUUAUAGUUACAACUCUAAACAGUGCCAGUAAUGAUGUCAUUUCACAUAUCACAUUUGAUACCAUAAUCAAUGCAGCACAGAGACCUUUUAAUCAUUUAAUACAUUUAAUACAUUUAUUUGAUUAAAUUGAAUCCUGAAGGAUUACAAUUUUGUUGGCAAUAACAUGGCAUAUUGAUUUUAAUGCAGUGAUUUAAUCUUCUGUGUUUACAUCCAGAUUACCUAUUCACCUGAGCCAGCAAAGAGUCAGAUCUCUUAUAUACUAUAAACUAUAUUUCAAAGAACA